CACACACACUCCUUCUCUCACACACAGUACACAAUCUACUGUAUGUGAGUGUUGCAACUACUUAUUUUACGGAAUACAAUACAAUCUCGGAUUCUUUCUUCUCCCCUGUGGGUACUUCUAAACUUUUUCUCAGGGAUUUUCUUCUCUCACAACCUGGCAACCUGUAGAGAGCAUCAAGCUGCCAGAACAAGAGGAUGUGUCCUAUCCCUGGAGAGAAAAGAGAGAAGAGUCUGAGCUGAAUCUUAAAGAGGAGUGGAUCUGUCGGAGGAGAUCUGAGGAGAGGACCAGGAACAGGAGAGAAGAGGAGGAGAAGGAGGGAUAAAAGAGGAGAAGGAGGACAGAGCAUGGGCCAUUCCUGCUUGUGGAUUUUUCUGCUGUUCCUGUCUCUCUCCCACCAGGCGGUCACUGAACAGGCAGAAGCAUGUCGGACGGCGGAGCCUGCAGACCUAGUGUUCUUGGUGGAUGAGUCGUGGGGCGUGGGCCAGACCAGCUUCUCCAGGGUUAAAGACUUCAUCUCGGCCAUCAUUAAUUCCUUUCAGGACAGCGUGGUGGGGUCCGAGGGCAUCCGCUUUGGAGUCACCGUCUACGGAGAUAUACCCAGGAUGCGUAUCGCCCUGACAGACUACAGUAGUCUCCAGGAGGUCCUGAGGGCAGUAAAGGACCUCCCCUUUGAAGGCGGGGCCAGUCGAACGGGCGACGCCCUCCAGUUCCUGGUGGAUUAUGUCUUCAGUGCGGCUAUCAUCAGGGACAACACCCCCAAGAUUGCUGUCCUGAUCACAAACGGCCGUUCGGAUGACCAGGUGGAUGGGCCGGCCAAGGCUGUCACAGACAGUGGGAUCUCUAUAUAUGCAGUGGGGGUGAGAGGAGCUGAUGAAUCAGAGCUGCGCAGCAUUGUGACUGAGCCCCACGAGGAACACCUGUUGCUAGCCGCUGACUUCUCUCUCCUGGAUGUUCUCCUGCCCAAACUGUCCCGAAGAAUCUGUUUCACCGCCUCUGAACCCCCACGCCCCGUCAAACACACCCCGGCCGUGGAGGAGCGUGUGGUGGGUCCCCGGGACCUCCAGGUGAGUGAGCUAGCCUACAGCAGUCUGAGGCUGACCUGGAGCCAGGCUACGGGGGACGUCACCGGCUACCGCCUCCUGGUCACCCCCCUCAGUCCCAAGGGACAGCUGCUGCCCAGCCUGCAGACACAG